GUCGGGUGUGAGCAAUUUGUUGGAUUUUGCAGAAUAAAGAUGUCAAAAGCAUCGAAUAGUACGAAGUUUAGGCAGGUCAAUGUCGACGAAUUUAAUGAAGAUAACUUUCAGGACGAGCAGCUAGAAGAAACAGACAACUAUUCAAUCAAUGAAUCCGAAGUAAAUGAGUUGAUUACAGUAAAAAAACUUGAUGAGGCCUUAAAAAUUGUUCUGGACCAUCCACCAGUCAACGUCAAGGAUAAGAGAGUAAAGGAAAAGGUCUUCAGUAUGUUUCUAAAGGUGCUUUCCUGCUAUAAAAGUAGCGAUGUUGAGCGGGCUGUAAAAAGUUUGGACAGCGCUCGCCUUGACGUUCUCAUGAAAUAUAUCUACAGAGGAUUCGAGGAUGCCACUGAAAACUCUUCUGCCAUUCUCUUGACGUUCCAUGAAAAGGUGGUUGCUGUGGGCGGUUUAGGGUGCAUUGUACGGGUGCUUACAGACCGGAAGAAAGUCUAAGGAGAGGAAGAGCCAAUGACAGAUGUAUCAGUUGUAAUGUGAACUGCCAACAUUUGUGCCGCUUAAUUUUUGCAGUUAAUGAUUUUUAUUUUGGGGGAUUACAAUGUCCCUUUUAGUUCCCAUGAAUAUUUUUUUCACUAUUCACAGAGUCAGAGGUUAUCUUGCAAAUUCCUCAAAAAUAAAAUGCCUGCAAAAAAUUGGUGGUUCAUAUUCAGCAAGUACAAUUAUAGAACAGGCAGGAGAUAGCUGGUCACUCCUGAAGAAAAUGAAGAGUUUCAUCGCAGAGCGAGAUUGAUCCGAUUUGACCUAGUUCAGAAAAAGGCUUCAAGGUUCGGAUUGGACUGAAAAUGCAUUGUAAAAUGUUGGACUCUUAUUAUCAUGAACAUUUCACUGUUGGUCUGAAUGCUCUGCAAUUUGGAGGACAUAUCAGGCAAAAUGUUGGAAAUGGCUCAUAUCUUGUUUUGCAAUGAAUCUCUUCAAUCGAAGAGAAUUUAACAUCCUGGGAUUAGUUAGGAUAUUUAGUGCUAUUUGAAUAAACAUUAGACAGCCCAGAGUGUUGAAAAGUACUUUUUUAUGCAUGGUCUCCUUACUUGGUAGCCACGAUGUGUUGGGUUUCAAAAAGUUUCAUGCAACUAGAAAGGUAAAUUGACAGUAAAUUUUGAAUUGGUUGACAGGUUUCACUAUGUUUUUAAUUAAAAAAUUCCUUUUGUGAUGUGUAUGUCAACAGCCAACAUGUAGCUACAUGUAAAGUAUUUUUCAUCACCCUGGAGAAAAGAGAAACAAAAUGUAAUAGUUAUGUACAGUUUUAUAUUAGAAAAAAAUAUUGGAACCUUCUACGGGAUUGUAAUUUGUAGUGGAAGGGAUUGUAAUUAGUAGUGGAACUAACGGUGAUAGUGUUAAAGGAGUAGUAGUAUGAGUAACUGCUGGCUGGAAUGAUCUAUGUUUUUACAAGAUCUCUCUUAUUAACACCGCCAUUCUUAUCUGUAAAUGCCAGUCAUCAAACCAUCCUACUCCUCCUUUAAUCGAGCAUGAGCUGGUAUCAUUUCAUGUCGCAUGUAAAGAACUUGGAUGCUAUAUUCCGAUAUUCCAAACGAAAGCAUUAGAGGUAAUACCUCCAAGCUGCUUUUGGGAACCAUCCCCAGCUGUGUGGAUUGGUUCAUAUCUGAGCUAUAUUGUACCUACACCUACUUAAUUAUCAAGACAUCAGUUCACUCAUAUGCCUUCAAAGCUACAAAAAAUUGUCUCUGCCGUUUGUGCAUUGGUAUGCAUCUAAAUGAAGCAGAAAAUAAGUUUUAAAAAGGAGCAACAGUUAGUGCUAUUGUUGUGUGAAAAUACAAUGGCACUCUUUGUUUGUAACCGCUAGUUAAGACAAGUGGCUGAUGAGAAAGUGAAAUUCUUUGGAUUGAUUUUGCGGGCCAAAGCAGGGUUAAAGGAGAGUGUCUCAAGAUAUUGCUGGCCUGGCAGUAAAGAUACUGGUACUUACAGAGUCCCUGUUGGGAGGACAAUCUUGGAUGCCUCAGAAAAUGUGCAUCAACAUUCUACCACCUGUUUGCGUAGACUUAAGGUUGUAUACCUGCACCGCCUACACAGGCACUCUGCAACUAUCAGUGUUGGCAAUGCAUUACCUUUAGACAUUCUCCUUUAAACAGACUGUUGUGCUGUUCACCUUCCAUGUAUAUAAAUGUAACUUGUGGUAUUGGUGUAUAUGAAUGAAUAAAUUUCUUAUACAUGUAUUUAA